AUGGCAGGAAACACGGGGAUGGAGCAGCUUAUUCCUAUCGUGAAUAAGUUGCAGGAUGCCUUCACGCAGUUAGGGGUGCAUAUGACUUUAGACUUGCCACAAAUAGCCGUUGUGGGUGGACAAUCAGCAGGCAAAAGUUCAGUAUUGGAAAACUUCGUUGGAAAAGAUUUUCUUCCUAGAGGAUCUGGUAUAGUCACCAGGAGACCACUUAUUUUACAGUUGAUAAAUUCUAUCAGUGAAUAUGGUGAGUUCUUGCACUGUAAAGGCAAGAAGUUUGUAGACUUUGAUGAAAUUAGACGUGAAAUUGAAUCAGAAACAGACCGAAUUACAGGUUCAAAUAAGGGAAUAUCAAAUGUUCCUAUUAAUUUAAGAGUUUAUUCUCCAAAUGUUUUAAAUUUGACUCUUAUUGACUUGCCUGGUUUGACAAAAGUCCCCAUUGGUGAUCAACCAGUAGAUAUUGAACAUCAAAUCAAGUCAAUGAUAAUGCAGUUUAUUAAGCGUGACUCUUGUCUAAUUCUUGCUGUUACUCCAGCAAAUACUGAUUUAGCAAACUCAGAUGCUUUAAAAUUAGCCAAAGAAGUAGAUCCUCAAGGUAUUCGUACAAUAGGUGUUAUAACAAAGUUAGAUUUGAUGGAUGAAGGGACAGAUGCAAGAGAUGUUCUAGAAAAUAAACUUCUGCCUUUGCGAAGGGGUUACAUUGGUGUAGUAAAUCGUUCUCAGAAAGACAUAGAUGGUAGAAAAGAUAUAAAAGCUGCAAUUGCAGCUGAAAGACAGUUUUUUAUGAGUCACCCAUCCUACCGUCAUAUCGCAGAUCGAUGUGGCACUCCGUAUUUGCAAAGAGUUCUUAAUCAGCAACUGACUAAUCACAUUCGAGACACAUUACCUGGACUUCGAGAUAAACUUCAGAAGCAACUUUUGACUUUGGAAAAGGAUGUGGAACAGUUUAAACAUUUUAGACCGGACGAUCCAUCUAUCAAGACUAAAGCCAUGUUACAGAUGAUUCAGCAGUUGCAAUCCGAUUUUGAAAGGACAAUUGAAGGAUCGGGAUCUGCCCAAAUUAACACAAUGGAGCUCUCUGGUGGUGCUAAAAUUAAUCGUUUGUUUCAUGAAAGAUUUCCUUUUGAAAUAGUUAAAAUGGAGUUUGACGAGAAAGAACUCAGACGGGAAAUUGCAUUUGCAAUUCGAAAUAUUCACGGCAUUAGGGUUGGUCUUUUCACGCCUGACAUGGCUUUCGAAGCUAUAGUAAAAAAACAAAUUGCUCGUUUAAAAGAGCCAUCAUUGAAAUGCGUCGAUUUAGUGGUGCAGGAAUUGUCUAAUGUUGUACGCACUUGUACUGAUAAGAUGGCACGUUAUCCUCGUUUGCGGGAAGAAACGGAACGUAUCAUAACUACAUACGUCAGACAACGUGAGCAACUUUGCAAGGAGCAACUCAUUCUCCUCGUAGACUGCGAACUGGCUUAUAUGAACACGAAUCAUGAAGACUUUAUUGGCUUUGCCAAUGCUCAAAAUCAGUCAGAAAAUUCUACGAAAACGGGAUCGUCUCGAGGUCUAGGCAAUCAGGUCAUUCGUAAGGGUUACAUGUGCAUUCACAAUUUGGGUAUAAUGAAAGGCGGUUCUCGCGAUUAUUGGUUUGUCUUAACGUCAGAGAAUUUGUCGUGGUUCAAAGAUGAGGAAGAACGGGAGAAGAAAUACAUGUUGCCUCUGGACGGGCUCAAACUUAGAGACAUAGAACAAGGUUUCAUGUCGCGGAGACACAUGUUUGCACUUUUCAAUCCUGAUGGUCGAAAUGUAUACAAGGAUUAUAAGCAAUUAGAAUUAAGUUGCGAAACUUUGGACGAAGUUGACUCGUGGAAAGCAUCUUUCUUAAGAGCUGGCGUAUAUCCUGAGAAGCAGACUGAACAAGUUAAUGGCGAAGAAACGUCUGAAAAUGCGACUAGUUCAAUGGAUCCACAGCUUGAGAGACAGGUAGAGACGAUAAGGAAUUUGGUCGAUAGUUAUAUGCGUAUCGUAACAAAGACAACGAGGGACUUAGUGCCCAAAACUAUUAUGCAUCUGAUCAUCAACAAUGCAAAAGAUUUUAUAAAUGGCGAGCUCUUGGCACAUUUGUAUGCCAGUGGUGAUCAGCAACAAAUGAUGGAAGAAUCACCUGAGGAAGCCUUGAAGCGUGAAGAAAUGUUGCGAAUGUACCACGCAUGUAAAGAAGCUUUAAGAAUAAUAGGAGAUGUUUCAAUGGCUACAGUAUCCACACCGGUACCUCCCCCCGUAAAGAAUGACUGGCUGGCAAGCGGCUUGGAUAAUGCACGAUUAUCACCACCUAGUCCGGGCGGGAGUAAACGACAGGCUCCGUUAAUGAGUCAAGUUGGUUCAUCGGGAUCGUUAGGUUCUUCCGGCAACGUCAGGGCUCCACCGUUGCCUCCAGCUUCAGGAAGACCGGCUCCUGCGAUACCUAAUCGACCUGGUGGAGGAAUGCCUCCCAUGCCACCUGGCAGACCUCAAGGACAACCUCUGCCAGCACCUCUCAUUCCCACCCGUUUCGGAGGUCAAGGGGUCAUCCAAAUUCCUCAGCAAAUGCAACAAGCUGUGGGGCGCGCUGCCGCCAAUGCAGCCAUCAACGAACUGUCAAAUGCCUUCAAAAUACACAACCGACCAGUACCAAAUAUACCGCCAAGAAUACCAGACCGCCCGUUCUCUGGAAGAUCCAAUUUCUAAACAAACAUUUGACCUAACGCAACAUGGGACCAAUAAUGAAACAGAGUAAUAUUUGGUUAUAAAUAUUCGUGUUGAACAAGAGCUUGUGAUUAGAUGUAAGUUGGAAAAUUCGGCUAAAAGAUUUUGAUUAUAGGUAUUUAUAUUUUCACAUUGUAAAUACAAACGGUUCGCGAAUUACAAUCGAAACGACCUGCUUUGCGCAUCAAACGCAAACUAGUCCUUAAUAGAGUAUUACUACUUUUACUGUUUAUGUAAAUAUGAAGAUAUCUAUUAAAUUAAUUUUGUUUCUUUUUUUA